CAGACCACACGUUGGCCUGUGGAACUCACUGCCAGGGGAUGUUGUGAAGACCAAAAGUAUAAGGUGGUUCCAAACAGUGUUAGCUACGUUCCUGGAGGCUGGAUCCCUCAAUGGCUGUUAGCCAGGCUAGCAGGGACACAGCUCCCUGCUCUGAGUAUCCCUAAACUCUGCCUGCCAGAAUCUGGGACUGGACGCCAAGGGGUGGCUCACUUGAGAAUUGCUGCUGAAGCAGCAGCCACUAGCCACUGUCAGAGACAGGCUAGUGGGUUAGCUGGACCGUUAGCCUGACCCAGUCUGGCUGCUCUUAGGUGCUAACUUGCAUUCACAUGGCAGUAAAGCCGAGCCCUGGGAGACCGCGGGGCAGCGAGCAGCUGUGGGCAGUUAACCGGGGAGUGACGCCCUCUCCACAGUGAUUCAUCGUGGCCCUAGAGAGAUCCUUGGUAGGGGGAUGCUGCAUCCCACCCUGGAGGCCUUUUCCAUCUCUGCCAUCUGUGGGGCCCUAACCGGAGCUGCCUCGUGGGGCGGGGGUCAUGAAAAGGAGCCAUUGAAAUGAGUUGGGGGGGGUGGCUCAGGCCUGAUGGGACUGGAGGGGACUGUGGGUAAAGGAACGGGGUGGGGGGCGGGAUGGGACUGGAAGAUGUACAGGGUCUCACACCCCGCUGUUUUACCGCAGUGCCUCUGAGUGUGGGGAGCGACCGCCCACAGCCAUGAUGAACGAACAAAUGCAGGAGAUGGAGGAGGUGAGCAAGGAGCUGCUGAAGCUGCUGGCAGCAGGUGGGGCUGGAAACCUGCUGAAGAGAAGCCUGGACAAACAGGAGAAGAUGUUUGACAAGCUCCUGGAUACGCAGCUGACAGCGGCGCAGCUGGUUAAAGAUCUCCUAGCCACGGAGGAGAAGGUGGCUCAGAAGCUCCUGGUGGGGGAAGAGGAGCUGCAGAGCAGCCUGCAGAAGGUGCAGGCGAUGGAAGAGGCGCUGCGGAGAGCCAGGGAGGACGACGCCAGCCUGAGGGCUGACAGCAGUGCCUUGCGGAGGGAGCUGGAGGAGCUGAGGGCCGAGCUCGGCCGCCUGCAGGACGACAUGGAGGACGACGCUGGCGUGGUCAAUUCUGCAACCUACAUCGCGCAGCUUUAUUACAAGAUCAGCCGGAUCGACUGGGACUAUGAGUGUGAGCACCCGCACAUCAAAGGCAUCCAUCAUGGCCCAGCCAUCGCUCAGCCCAUCAGCCUGGACAGCAGCCAGCUCUCCCAGUGCUUCGUCAGCGACUAUCUGUGGAGCCUGGUGGACACGGCCUGGUGACGCGGCCCCAAGCCUGCCCUGCCGACUGGCUGCAUGCGGGCGCCUGAGGCAGCUCGGGCCUCGACCGCAGGAGCAAGGACGGACCCCGGGCUAAUCACAAAGGGAUUUUUUAUUCAUGUAACAAUCAGCAUUUGAAAUCAUUAAAACCCAUCGCCCAGCUGGGGCUGGAGCGGGACUGGUAAGAGA